AUGGUGGUUACACUAAAAGGAGACAAGUGGGUUGUCACAAACCUAGAGUUGCACCACAACCAUGAUUUAAGCCGCCCUGAUGAGAGCAAAUUCCUGGCAUCCCAUAGACAUAUGACCGAUCAAGAGAAGCUCUUCAUUCGCACUUUCACUUCUGUGAAGCUUCCAGCACGAAAGAUAAUGGCAAUACUCACAUACCUGCGAGGAGGAAAGCCAAAGAAUGUUCCUUACAACAAGAAAUAUGUGAGCAAUGUCAUGACUGCAAUCAGAUUAGAAGACAACACAAAUGAUAUGAUGAAAGUUCUAUCUUAUUUUAGGCAGAGGCAAGAAGAAGAUCCAAGGUUCUACUAUAAUUUUGAUCUUGGAGAAGGGAACAAGGUCAAAUGCAUAUUUUGGUCUGAUGGAUUUUCUCGACACAUGUAUGACUUAUACGGUGAUUGCCUUAGCUUCGACACAACAUUCAAGACUAACAAGUAUAACCUCCCAUUUGCUCCUUUUGUCGGAGUGACAGGACAUGGCCACAACUGCCUAUUUGCUUGUGCAAUAAUCAAUAAUGAACAAGCAAGUACCUUUGAGUGGCUAUUUGAGGAAUUCCUCAUAUGUAUGGGAGGGAAGCAUCCUGCAACAAUUAUCACAGAUCAAGAUGCUGCAAUGGCAAAAGCAAUAUAUGAAGUUUUCAAACAAACUUGUCAUAGGAACUGCUUCUUCCAUAUCAAGAGAAAGUCGGAAGAGAAGUGUGGAGGAACAUUUGUGGCCAGAGGGGAAAACAGAGCGAAGUUUGUCCCCGUUUACUUCAAGCAUAACUUCUUACCUUUCAUUCACUCAACUGCUAGAAGUGAGGGAACUAAUGCAAUCUUCAAAGACAAUGUGGGGUCUACAUAUAGUGUUAUGAGCUUCUUGGGUGAGUACCAGAAAAUAUCUGAAAACAUAGAGGAAUUGGAAAGAGAACAAGAUUCAGUAACAAGGAUAACAGAGCCGGACUAUUGGGUGCGUAGCGAGAUAGAACUUCAAGCUGGUCGCAUGUAUGAGGUCUACAAGACACCUAUGCUACAACUGCAAGAUUUCAGGUCCGAAAAGUACCUUGUUUCUGUAAACCUACAAGCAGAAGAAUUCGCCUGCAUAUGCUGCAAGUUUGAGAAGGAUGGCAUAAUAUGUGCACAUAUACUGAGGGUCCUCAUCCACCUUAACUUGUCAGAACUUCCUGAAAAGUAUUACAUCAGUAGGUGGAGGCCAAAAGAUAGAAAAUACAUCAGAGAUAAGCAGUCCAUCCCAAUAGAUCUAACAACAAGUAACAAACAUCUGAGAUACUGCGUGCUAUCUAGGAAAUUUUGCAAUGUUGCCUCUGAAGGAGCUGUGACUGAAAGGAAAUACUUGUUCUUGCUGGAUGAAAUCAAAACGAUAGAGGACAGAGUAGAUGAGAUGACUCAAGAAGAUGAAACUGUGGAAUUCCAGAAAAGAGAAAAGGGCAAACAACCAUCUGCAACAAGUGAACAGCAAAAACCAAGAGAACAGCAACAUAAAGAUGGUUUCCCAGAUAACCUACAAGAUCCUGAUGUUGUUCCUUCGAAAGGACGUCCAGAAAAUUCUAAACGACAAAGGACAUUCGUUGAAGAAUUGCUGUCAAAAAAUCAAAUUACAUGCAGCCACUGUGUUUCGCAUCAACAUAACAUUGCUACAUGUACAAUGAGGCACAUACCCAAGUCAUUUUUUGAGAAAAGUGUCAAAACCAGCAACAAGAAGACAGCGGGUAAAGCUGAUGCUGAGAAGUCAACAAAGAAGCAAACACAAAAGAGAAACCAGGCGAAAUCAACAGGCAACAUGAAGAAGACAUCGUCAAAAAGCCAGGGGAAAACAUGCCUCUAA